AUGAACAGUACCUCGUGGAUGUCAACGAUGGAGUCACGCUUAGAUGAACAGCCACCGUUGAGGGAGAAAGACGAUUGCGUCUUAGAGAGAGAGAUGGAGGCUCUCUACUCCAAACUCUACGAUACGUACAUGAAACUCAAGUCGAAGAAAUGGUCGGAGUUGGAUAAUGUUAAUAAAGAUCAAGAAGUAAAGUUCAUGGAUUAUAUCUCAGCUGCAGAGCAGGUAAUCCAACAAUUGAAAUCUGAAAAUGAGAGGUUGCUUUCACAAGUUAAAGAUCUGACAAGUGAAGUGGCUUCUAUUAGGUCCGCCAAAGAUGAACAAUGUACCGAGUACCAGGAGCUUUUAAUGGAAGAGAACAGGAAGAAUGAAGAACUUUCUGAAGAAGUAGCGAGGCUCCGAAAUCUGCAACAGGGGGGAAAUUUUAGCAGACUGAAGGAUAGCAAAACAGACAAUGGAGGAGCGUGUACACCUGCUAGUGGUCAAGUAUCAGAAGAAGCAGGCAAUCGGUCACAGAGAAGAAAGACACAUAAACGUAGGAGGCAAUCCCUGUCUGAGACAGAGGAUAUAGUUAUGCCUUCUAGCAGUCUUCAAGAUGAUGAAAUCCUAAGAGAAUCUGAAAAGGACUUGCACAAGGGAGCCUUGCCUAGUGGGUCUCUUAUAACUGUUCAACAGCCACAAUGCUGUAGAGCUAUUGAAAGACCAGGUGGCGAUGUUAACCCAACUGGCCAAGCUAACUGCCUGUUUCAAGUGCUUGUUGAGUAUCUGGUGGAUUUAAAGUUCUCGACUGUUAGUCAAACUGAAGAAAUAUGUAUUUCAGCUGUGCAUCAAUCAAGUGGUUACUCCUUCAAUCUUACAUGGGUGAAUAGAGGUGGUGGAAAGGAACCAGAACUUCUGUACCGUGUCUUGUCCUUGGGGACAUUUGAGAGGGUUGCACCAGAAUGGAUGAAGGAUGCCAUAAUGUUCAGCACAACCAUGUGCCCUAAAUUCUUUGAAAGGUUAUCCCGAGUUGUCAAGCUGCACGCAUAG